CUUAGGCAGCGAAAGGAAAAUAUUCGUUCACGUUAGCAGCCCGAAUGCGACUGAAUAAAUGGCUUAGUGAAUAAAGAACAUGGAUACAAACUUAAGCAAACAAAAUAAGCGAGCUUUCGUCUGAAAUGGUUGUUUAUUUCGUCUUUAGUUGUAAAGUGUACGAGCCGAUAUUAAACGCAGCACCACGUUUCCCAUACAGACAGGACUCGACUGGCCGGCUAGCUGCUUUCAGCGGCUUAACGUCGCCCCGCUGUUUGACGAAGAAGACAAACAUAAAUUUUUAGGAGGUGAAGUCUGUCACUUAACGUCCAACCUACGCUACCGGAAGUCCCGUCCUCUCAGCCUUCAGCCAAUCACGUGAGAGGAUGAAUACAGCAACCUGUGCGCGCGUGUGUGCGUGCAUGUGGGUGUGCAUGUGUGUGUUCUUUGGGUACUUUUCUGGCAUACACAUUAGAAACUGAAAAAAACUAAAUGUACUUUAAAAAAAACAACCCACUAUUAUUUCAGCUUGAUGGUUUGCUUUAGUAAAAAAAUGAGGCUGUUUGGUAUUACAUUAUGUUGUAAUGUUACAAAAAGAUAUUACUAAUGCUAGUAAAAAACAUUAUGUUACCAACAUUUUUUUUUUUCCAAAAUGUUGUAAUGUUCCCACAAUAUAAGGAUACAUAUUUUGAAAUUACAUUUUUAUGUGAAGAAUGAGAAAUUUAAUAUAAGUUCUUACUGUAUGUUGAGAUGAGGGGGCAUUUUCAAGUCAGUCACGCGAAAUAUGAAUGAGUCACAAUUAUCCUGAUGAUGGAAAUGUACCACUAUCAGCUUACGGUCAGUGCUUUGUCAUUGUGAUGCACAUUCAUUUCCUAUAUUGCCCCAUCCCUACAGGAGAAUACAUGUACAGUCCCUAAAUAUAUGCAUAGUAAUACAUGUGUAUCAACUAAAUUAUCAUCACUGUUGGUGACUAUGCCAAUCAAUUUCUUAAUUAAUCUCUAAAUAUUAUUAUUAUUUCAACUUUAAGACAUAUUAACAUUUAGUAAAUUGUGCACAAGUGAAAAAAUGUAUUUGCUUCCUGUGAAAAAUCAUGGUACUGCCAUUUGAUCACUAAACUAUAUUAUCAGACCUGACACAAUACACUGGCUGUGAGUGAUAAUAAGUGAAGUCACAUACUAUGAGUAUAACUGAAUGUGCUUGCAUUAGAUGUUCUUAUACCUGCUUGUGACAGUGAGGCUCUUUUCAGAUAGUGUAUUCUCACAGGCUUUAUCUGAGACGAAGUGGCAGCCUGGAUAUUAAUGAUAUAUCAAGUUCGAAGACAAGCUGCCAGAUUUUUUGUCAUCCUGUCUCCUAAUUUAAUGUGUCCGUGACUCACACGUGGAAUUUACAGGGUGGGAGUUUCUGCCCGUGGCUAUUAAUGUAUUAGUCAUCCAGCUUUGAGUGGCACACCUUCAGCCUCUUAUUGUCAGCCAAUUCAUGUGAAUCUCCAGCCCUGCAGUUACAGAGUGUGCAGGCAUUCUUUUAACAAAGUUCACCGGUUACCAUUUAAGAAAAGUCCGACUGUCAUAAACAAGGAGAACAAGUGUGGACGCGACAAGCUGUUUGCUCCUGUUUCAUGGAGCAGGCUAUUGAUAUUUUUACCUGUAUUGUGAGAACAUUUAAUUAUUUUUGCUCAAUGAGUUUAACUGAACUGCUGGCAGCUUAAUAACUGCUCAUAACUGAAGCCAAAUUACAUUUUAAUAGCACACUUGGGGGAGAUGAAGCUAUGUGUAUUCAUAUCCAGAAAUCAUAUUGUAACCACAGUAGCCUAAAAAGUACCACGUUUGCCUUUGAAUCAUUGAUUAUAUACCACGGCAGCUGAUUAUAAGACAAAUUCAAAUAAAUCCUGAUGUCUUUAACAUGUUUUUAUGAUAAACAGCUAUAAUUAUAAAAAACUGAGGAGUGAAAUCAGUAGGUCACAUGACACACUUUUAGAGUGGGGGGAGCAAUGGAGCAGCAUACACAGCUCACAUGUGAUUUAUUUCAGUGUAGAAAACAUUACUAUCCUGCGGGAUGACAGACAACAAAUGGUAUGAGCAUGUAUAAGUGUGUGUGUGUGUGUGUGUUCGUCAGAAACGGGGUGUGCUCGACUGUGUGGAAAUGAGAGAGAAAGCUAAGAUUCUCCAUCACGUACCCUCCCUUACCUUUCCCUGCUGCUUUGGACUCUUUAUAAGCCGCCGCCAGUUUUGUCUGUCAGCCUCAUUAUCACUCUGUCUUGGCUCGAGGGAAUUGUACGGCCAUUCUGACACAGACAUAGUGCACUUUGUGGAAAUUGGCUAAGGGAAAAGAGAGGGAACACAGUUAGAAUUUGAAACCUAUUAGUGGACAACUUUUCAGUGGGAGAUGCUUCUGUAUUUGAACCUCCUGGUGCUGCUCCUCCUGCACACGACUCUGUCGAGCCCACUGACCACACCAUCCAGAGGAUGUGCUGCCUGCAAAACAAAUCCCUCACCGAGUCAGACACUGGCAGAUUCGAGUGUCUCCGCUCCGGCUGUUGGAGCAGCGUGUGGGGUGUACACUCUGAGCUGUGCCCACGGUCUGCGGUGCACACCUCCAGAGGAUGAGGCCAGGCCUCUCCGUGCCCUGCUGGAGGGCAGAGGCGUCUGCCGCAACAUCACCAGUGUCAGCCCGACUGAGCAGCUCAGCGUUAGAGAUCCAACACCCGGCGCUGAUCCAGAUGAGGCUCCAUGUCGUAAACUGCUGACCACACUGAUCCAUGGUCUCGAUGCCCAUUUAUUUAAGUCACACCAUGAUAUCUACAUGCCCAACUGUGACAGGCGAGGUUUCUUCAGAAAGAAGCAGUGCUGGUCAUCUCGGGGUAAACAGCGUGGCAGGUGCUGGUGCGUGAAUGAGAACGGCAUGCCGGUCUCUUCAAACGCCAAACAGAAAGGCAGCCUGAGCUGCUGAGACGCAGGAGGUUGUGUGACGUAAAGAUGAAGGGUCACCAGAGCCCACAUUGUCUCCCAUUUCAUUCUCCAUCCACCAGAAGCAGCUUCCCAACAUUGAAAAUGUCCUCUGUAACUUUGUCUCCUUGCGCCCUCUACUGAACGCAGUUAAGGCUGAAAAUAUUCCAUGCAUCACUUUUGGACUCACAGGAACCACACACAGUUUGCUUUGCACAUAUUACACUAAAAGAUUAUAAUUUUGUGUUCAAAGUAUUAUGCAAUUUUAAAGUAGGAACAGUUUUUUUUCACACUGUUGAAAACUUACUACACAUAAGGUGUAAUUAGGUAUUUAGUAUGCACUCAAUAUGUCCUAUUUAUAUACAGUAUUUUUUUAUACUUUGAAACUGUAAUUAUAUCACUGAUACACUUUGUACAUAAUCCAUAGAUGCAAUCUUAUUUAUGCUACUUUGAAUAUAUUUUAUUUAUCUUAAUAUAACUGAUCAUUUGUAUAGUCCACGAGAGCAAACACUUGUGGUAUUAUUUAAAAAAUAACCUGACAUCCUCAUGUUUUUCAACAUAAACAUAUACGGCGACAAAGUAUUUUUGAUCCUUUGACUUAAAUUAAGGACUCACUUUUUAAACCAUCUGAGAAUUAUUAUUAUUAUUAUUAUUUUAAAUCAAAUUUCUGUGACAGACUUCAUGUUUAUAACGCCAGAA